AUGAGCGAGCAGAUCAGGGCGGCGCUCAAGAGCCGCGUGGCAGACAAUGAAUACAUAUCGCACUUGAAGGUGCGAGAGUAUGCGGAUGCCAAUGCGGCAUCUCAGGCAGCGCCCUCAUGCAAGACGCGGUAUAUUAUCCUGGGCGUGAGUCCGAGUCAGCAGCGUGCGUUUGUGUACAAGGCGCGACGCAAUGCCAAUGGCACAUACAGUAUCGGAAAGGAAUGGGAAGCAUCGCAUGUGCGCUCUAUAGUGCGCGAAGGCUCGAACGUGUUGGUCACUUUUUCGAUCACGCACCGCUGGGAAAUUGACGCGUCGCAGGACCCUAUACCCUUUCUCAAUGACCUGGCUACGAUCGUGCACCGUGCCCAUGGCGCGCUCCCCAAAAUAAGUGGGUGGUCGUAUGAGCCGUCUAUACUAGAAAAGCCGCCACCUGAGAAGCCGCCCAUGACGCAGCCACCCCCGCCUACGGCUGCUUCGCCCAGUGUGCCGCAGCGCACGCCUCGUCGUGAGCCUCAGCCAGUCCCGCAACGCACGCAGCAGCCGGCCCUGGUCGAAGAAGUGUCUGCAUCAGCCGCACCUGCCGUGACCACAGCGCCGCCGCGGCCCAUCUUACAGCGUCGACUCACUCGGCCUACGGCAGCACAAGCAUCCACGGCGCUCGUGGCGCCACGAGAUGACGAAAAUUCGACACUGUCGCAGGUGGAAGAGAUGCUCGAGGGAUUCGAGUGGAAAGUAGCACGGCAUGCGGCACCAGAUGUGCGUCCCAAACGAUUUGGCACGGCGGAUGUGAUCGAGGAACGCUUACUGGAAGAGCUCGCCGCGCUCGAGUCGUCAGGGAUCCACGCCAUGAUCGAACCGGAUGAGCGCGUUGCGCGUGUGCUCAGGGAUAUUGACAACGCGCUUUUGCAGCUCGAUCGACUUGACGCGAGUGUAGCAGGCUACAAGAUGCAGCUGCUCAGCCGCUCGGAAGACAUUGGCUUCAUUCAGAGCCAGAAUCGCGGCUUGCAGGUACAGACGUCGAAUCAGCACCUAUUGCUGCAGGAAGUCGAGGCGCUAUUAUCGACGAUCCAGGUCGAUCAACAAGCCAUGCAGAAACUUGCCACAACGACCUUUUCGGCGGGCGCACAGGUCUCGGACCUGGAGUCGGCGGCCUCGUCGCUGUACAAGAGCAUUCUGCAGUCGCGACCUGACAAACACAAGCAGAUGGCAGGCGUGGAUACUAAGGGUAUGGCCGAGCACCUUGCGCAGUCUGAAGCCGCAGCGCGCGAAUUUAACGAGCGGCUCGUGACAGAGUUCCAGUCGGAGCUCGAGCGUGCGAUGCAUGCCCAGCUGAACGACUUGCAGCACUCGCAGCUGUCCAUGGCAUCCGAGCCCACGUUGCCGCCGCAUGACGUCAUGGAGCAAUGGCUCGGAAAGUACUGCGGCCUCGCCUUGUACCUUCGUGAGACGACGCCGGAUCUCUUUGACAAAUUCUCCCACAUGUACAUGGCAUUUGAAGCUCAGUGCUAUCGUACCGAGCUGCAGCGAGUGUUUGGUGCGGCGGCCAAACAUGCUGGGCGCACACGCCACGACGACGGCCCUAGUCAGGCACUACAGCGCAUCUUGGCGUCGUUGCUAGCGCGUGUAUCAGCUGAGCAGACGUUUCUGGCCGACUUGCUCCAGAUCAAUGACGACAGCCUGACAUUUGCGGACUAUAUGGACUUGGAACCAUACUAUAAGCACCGCGCUGCUGUCACGAUGGCGCUUCCGACGCAGGGCCCACAGCAGGCACUCGAGCAUGCGAUGCACCAAAUCUUUGCGGUAGUCGUGCCAGAACUCGACGCUUUUGUAUCGCAGGCGUACCAGCAGAACGCAUGGUCUGUGGUGGGUAUGCUUGUCGAGACGGAACUGGCGCAACGGACCUUGACGCAGCGGGCAGGCGGUGCAGGUGUGGCAGAGUUGCUGCACAAGAAUUCGACGCGGCUGCAUGCAGAGCUGGGCCGCUUAUUGCAUGGACAGCUGCAGGCUGUCGAGCAGACCAAGGUGUCCGUCCAUCGACGCUGCGGCAUUUUGCCCGUGUUCCAGGCCUUUCCUGGAUUCGUGGCUCGUAUGGAGGCGCAGAUGGGCGAGGCGGAUGCGCUGCCUGUGCGCACCGCCGUCGAUGAAGGAUACGAUCGCAUUGCCCACGCGCUGAUGACAACGAUUCAGUCGAUCCCACAGACAGCGGGUGCGAUGAUGGACGAGGACAAGGGCCAGCUGAAUCACCAUGUGUUGGUGAUUAUGAAUGUGUUCCACCUGUACACCAGCAUCAAGCCGGGCACGCCACCGAACGCGGCCCUCGUCCGUGUCCAGGCACAAGCACAAACGCAGUUUGAAACAAGUCUGACGGGCUACGUCAAGACCAUCCUUCGUCGGCCUCUCGGCAAGGUCAUCGACUUCUGCCACGGCAUCGAGACCCUUUUGCCGACGACACCGGCCACCGAAGUGGCCCUGCACAGUCACUUUUCUCGCUCGUCGGCCAAGAAACUCGUGCGUGAUCUAUCACAAAAGGACGUGCGCAAGGCCAUCGAGGCGCUGUCCAAACGCAUUCAAAAGCACUUCGACGACGAAGACGCAUCGACGGCCCUCACCCACAUUGAGCUGGCGCAUGUGCUACAGCAGGUGUGGCAGUCCAGUCAAGACAUGUUUACGGCAGAGGUGGAACGCUUAGGUCGAAUUUUACUUACAUGUUACCCACAGAGCGGGCUAGGCCUGGAGAUCAGCUCGCAAGACGUACAGCGCCUCUUCCAGACAUUGGCGCCCACGGGCCGGCGCAGGUAG